AUGCCUAUCUCCCAGACGCCUAAGAAGACAAUAACCAAAAGCAGUGUCGCCAAUGAGACACCCCAGAAUGCAGUAAAUUCUGUCCCCCACGACGAUACUCAAAUUCAUCGCUUACCCGUUUUCAUCUCUAGCCUUGGCUGCAUGACACACGUGGAGGACACAAAGAUCUCCAUUUUUGAGAAGCUUCAUAAUAAGAUGUCCAAGAACGCAAAGUUCACCGAAACCCAAAUUAAGAGGGCAGAGGAGGCACUCAAGAUAUCCAAUGAAUGGAAAAAAUGGCGGUCGGACAUGGUCUCAAAGAGCUCGGGAAUAAUUUCUCAGAAUAUAUUUUUCCGCAUGCUUCGGAAAGCUCAAGAGGUUCUUCAAGCACAAUCGACGGCAAAGACACGACAGGCUCAGAACGUCUUCAUUAAUAUCGGAACAAAGGUACCCAAGUCCGGGAUCAGUAAUGAGGAGUACGCGGAAGGCCUGAAGCUUUUCAAACCCGAUCUAGCUAGUAUUGCCACCGAUGUCAACAAGGAAAAUGUGAGGUAUUGCGAUAUGAAGACAACCUGGGAACUCAAGAAAUCGGCCGACCAGACAUAUGCACAGUCCCAAAUACAACUCUCUCUUUUGAGAUGCAACCAGGUGUUCCGAGACGACCCCUUUCGCCACUUCAUCUACUCCAUUCACGUCGCCGGCAGAACAUUGCGUCUCUAUCAACUGAACAGAGGGCAGGUGCUGUGUUACGAAAACGGGCUUAAUAUCGAGCAGAAUACCUCAAGUUUUCUGCGCUUCGUCAACUGGCUCAUGCUGGCCCCUGACGACGCCCAGGGCUUAGCCAAGGAACCUUCUGCCAUCGGUCGAAGAGCCAUCAGCUUCACUCCGGCCGGAUGUAAGAUACCAUCGCCACUCGUGCGUGUGGGUGUCGACCUGGUCACGACCCGCGGCACGACGGUAUGGCCUAUUAAAAUGCAAAAACCAAAGCCAAAAAAGAAAAAGUCAAGAAAGUCACAGGCCAAAAAGGACACAGAGAACCCACCUAUAGAAGGUGACGGUCUUGCCGCGCUGAAAAUGGCGUGGGUCUACGAGGCGCGCACGAGUGAAGCGGAUAUCCUUAGUGAACUGAGCGAUAUCGAGGAACUACCAAAGCUUUUUGAGUGGAAAGACGGACCUUUAACCACCGAGUUUGACGUUCUACCGGAGGCCAAACAUUCAAGACAAUAUCUCAAAAUGGGGCCGAACUAUCGGUAUAUGGAGGUGACACACAGUACAUCCUCCGUCAUGGCCAACCAGACCCAGAAGAAAGAGGCUGAGAAGGGCUUGUUUAUGCCGGAAGUGAAGGGAACUGCUGCCGAGUCGGCCGAUGAGCCUUCGUACACGAGAAGGCAGCGAUGGUACCUGGAAGAGUACUGUGGCGUUUCUGUGGACGGGCUUUCACAACAUCAAUACCCCCAACUUCGAGAUGUCACGGAACUCGAGCGGAUGAAGGCUCUCCGUUCAGCGGUACUCGCUAUCCAGAAAAUGUUUGACCGGGAUCGGCCCAUCGUCCACCGAGACAUUUCUCCCUCGAAUAUCAUGGUGACGUCGCCCGAUAUGCUGAAGGAGGAGGGCGGCCCUCCACCCGGGCGGCUGAUUGACCUCGACAUGGCUUGCGUGUACGGCGAUCCUCAGUCCGGAGCUCCCUGGCGCACGGGCACUUACCUCUACAUGGCAAUCGACAUUCUGAUGGGAAACCACCCUCGGCACAACCCAUGGCAUGACAUUGAGAGUAUCUUCUGGGUUCUGGUGUUUGGAGAGCUGAAGCGGACUCCUAAAGGUGCGGAGGAACUCAAGAGUAUUGCUUCCACAGGGGCAUCCCAGCCCACCGAAGCCGAAAAAGGGGUAGCAUUGGGGUCCAGAAAACUCGUUAUUGUGAGUGAUUCCUGGGAUACUUGGAUGGGUGAUGAACCAUCACGUCUCUUCAGAAAGACUUCGUUCCCCGUCAUUCGGCUUAUGCAUCGACUGAGGGUCGAACUGUUUGGAUUCAACGAAGGAAGGGAGUCAGAUCGUUUAGUAACCUGGAAAGACGUCGCUGCCGCGGCGGGCGGACAUAUAAUCCUCUCUCGGAAAUACGACGCGCCUAGAUUUGCGGUCCCUGACGAGAAAAUUUGGGAGGAAGCUGAGGAGGAGAUUGGGAAAGUCGAGAGAGGUAUUGGCGAGCUCAGUUUGGAGGAAAAGAUCGACUGGACUGGUCAAGACAAAGGCGACAAUCCUGCUGACAAAAAAGGCGUCGGGAAGUCGGGGAAAGACCUAUCCAUCGAGAGGCUGAAGCAGGCAGUUACCACGAUCAUCGAGCGCAUUGAUAGGUGGUUUGCUGAGUGUAUCGAGGACCUGGAAAAAGCUGAAUAG